UUCCGACUAUUGAUAAACCCCUCUCCUUUUUAUUUCAUCUCAAUCAUACCUAUUUAUCUAUUCAAAUGUCAUUUCCACUAUAAUUGCCCUUUUCUUCCUAUUCCAUGGCUGCUGAGCUUGUGCUUGGAUUCCAAUACUCUUCUUCUUUGCCUCAUCUUUCCGAAACAACUCGAGACGGGCAGAAUCCAAACGGUGUAAACCCUAUGCAAACGCCUGAUGUUGUUGUUGAUGACGAUGACUCAUGGGAAGUCCGAGCUUUCGCCGAGGACACGGCUAAUGUUAUGGGAACUACUUGGCCUCCUAGGUCUUACACUUGCACUUAUUGUAGAAGAGAGUUUAGGUCAGCUCAAGCCCUAGGCGGUCACAUGAACGUUCACCGUCGUGACCGUGCUCGCCUCCACCACCAAGCUCCGUCUUCGUCAUCGAAUCCCAUGAAACCCUCUUCCACUUCUUCCUCUAAUUCCAAUUCUUUCAUCAUCCCAACUCCUGAUUUUAAUGGUGGAGGUAGCCUGUGCCUUCUUUACCAAUUCCCAAACCCUAAUAGUAUUAAUGGUGGAAUCAAUACCUCUCCUUCCACAUUAAAUGCUUACAUUCACUCACCCUCUUCUCUUUUCUCCAUGCCACAUCAUUCCUUCAACACCUACCCGUCCUCAACCUCGUUGUCCGCGGCUUUUCCGAUGAACGACAACAACCACCGUCGUCUCGAAACAAGUACUUACUCGGCCUCCAUGGAAAAUAAUAACGGUAGCAGCCAAGACGAAGUACUUGAUCUAGAGCUUAGACUUGGACAUGGUCCACCUUCUUCAACUCAAAAUCUCAUGGAAAAGGGAGAGAAGAAGGUCUCUAAUUCAGAAGCUGCAUGUUUGAAGAAGAGAUCAUCAGAUUGAUCAUCAACAACUUGUAAGAUAUAUACAUUUCAUCAAGCUCUUUCUUUUUCUUCUUCAAUUUCAUUUUUUUCUUCUUUUCUUUUCUUGGAGAGAAUUAAUUGUCUAAUUAAUUCAUAGUUGGGUUUUCAUAAAUUAAAUAAAAAGAAGAGAUUUUUAUUUCUGGAAGAA